AGGAGGAGGAGGAAGAGGAAGAAGGCCCUGGAGCUGCCCCAGGACCAGAGACUGAAGAGGUGCAGCAGUUCCAGCCGCUGGAGGAGGAUGCAGCCAUGGACAGGACACAAGAGCAGGAGCCUGCCCGUGGCCGCUUCCACAGAGCAGCGCAGAGGUUCCGCAAGUUCCUGCGCAUUCGGCAUAGAAAGAUCAGCCCCAUAGGAACUGAGGGCACAGCUGAGCCUGACUCCGGGCUGACCGAGCUCCAGGCAGAGCCUGAUGUCAGCCCAGAUUCAGCUGAGUGCUCAGAAGACUCUGACACUGCAGUGAAUGAUGAGAGGGAAAACUCUGACAUGGCAGUAACUGAGGAUGUGGCUAUUCCAAAUGAUGAUGCUGGAGAGACUCAGGGCAUUGCAGAUGCUGACAUCACACCCACUCCUGCUCUGAGUCAGGAACUCAUAAGGGACAAUUUCAAGGACAACUGUGUUUCUUCUGAGCAGCAGGUGCCAGCUAUUGUAAGGAACAUUCACCAGAGUCUGGUGUCCCAUGUCACUGUGGAUGUCAGGCAGCAAAUUGACAUUAUAAGGCUGGCUGAAGAACACCCUGCUGAUGUGGUGCUGACCCUCCUGCACUGUGCCCCAUCGUGUGACAGAGCUGCUGAAAUGAUGUGGAGAGCCAUAGGCUCGUCGGGACCAACAGUAGAGAAAGUGCUGCCAACACUGCUCUGUGUGAUGGAGGAUUGGCCUCUGCACAGCAUCUGCACCUCUGAUGGAGACAACAAGGAUGUUUUUGCUCUGGCUGCAACUCUGGUGCUCUGGCUGAUUAUCCAAGCGCCUGAGUGCCACGAGGCGUUGAUCCUUUAUUCCGCCCGCCUGUUUCUGGCUCUGCUGUUCCAUGUUGUCAUCACCACCCAGCAGACGCCACCAGUGGAAGUUGACAGCUUCUGGAGAGCAUGCCGGGAGGAAUACUGCCUUCCCAGAAAACCCAACAGGUUUGCAGUGCAGGCCAUGAAGGCUCUGCUUUUCCGACUGCGGUGUGAGAGUGUGGUCAUGGAAAUGCGAUGCAAGUGUGGCUGGGACACGCUGCUCUGUGCUGACACCCAGCACUAUGCCGUGGGUCUGCUGGCCAGGGAGAUGCACGGUGCCUCCCUCUCUUUGUGUUCUGGGAUUGCACUCCGCCUGCUCCAGCUGCUCAGCAGAGAGGAACCACCCUGGGAUCUGCCCUUCCUGGCAUUCUUUGUGGAGGUCCUGGAUUGCCUGAACUUGCGUAAAUGUGGUGACAGUGUCCUGGAGAUCAUGUCAAAGCACCUGCAGAGCAAGUGCAGGCAGAGGCGUCGCCUGGCAUUCAGAGGCCUCAUGGUGCUCAGCAAAUUUCCUUCGAUGAGAGAGAGAAGGAGGAGAAAGAGAAAGAUAACAUGA